CCCAAGCGACUUCCACACAACAACACACUCGAACUUUUGGAAAUCUUUCGCCAGGGCGGCCCAAGCCCCACCAGCGGCACCGAUUUCUUCCUUCCCCUCCACGAUACCUCUCCUAACCCGCCGAACCUCGAAAACCACCCUCUCACACCCCCCCACGCCGCACAUCAAACCAGCAAUCAUGUUGAACGGCGAAGAUCCGCCCGAGCGGCCCGACUACAUUGUCAACAUCAUCAAUGGCCUCGAGCGGUACAACCCUGAGGCUGUCGUCAACCUCGAGUCCUACCUGCAGGAGCAGUGCGAGCAGAAGUACUGCGAUUGCAAUGCGAACCGGACACUCCUGAAGCUGUACCAGCUCAACCCCGACCGUCUCAAGGAUGAGGUCGUCACCAACAUCCUCGUCAAGGCCAUGACCCAGUUCCCCUCGCCGCAGUUCACCCUCGCCCUGCACCUCAUCAACCCCUCCACCAUCGCCCAGGGCGAGCUCCACGAGGCCGUCGCCAAGCUGCGCACCCUCAACAGCCAGCUCGAGGGCUCCCAGUACGCCCGCUUCUGGAACACCAUUGACGGCGACGACCUCUGCGCCGACCUCAUUGCCGACAUCUCGGGCUUCGAGGACCUUAUCCGCAGCAACAUUGCCAACUCGGUCGCCCAGGCCUUCCGCGAGGUCAGCCUGUCCCAGCUCGAGUCGUGGCUCGGCCUCGACGGCGACGCUACCGCAAAGUUCGUCACCGAGGUUGCCGGCUGGACCGUUGGCGACAACGGCGUCGUUACCAUCCCCAAGAACGCUGAGAACGAGGCCAAGAAGUCUGAGAUCAGGGAGGACGUCAACGUCGACAUGUUCUCGAGAAUUCUUCGGAGAUCAUGGGAGGAGACUGCGUAAAAAGAAUUGCUUUUUUGAAAAACAAGAAGAGAAAAUCGCAGACUUGGGCUUCGGUGUGAGGAUGAACAGAAGAAGGGGACGCAAGGAUUGAUAUCACAACCCUUGGCUGCUAAUAGCUCCGUUCAUGGAGUUAGGGCUGGAAGAGAGCAUGGCGGCAAAAAUUACCGGCGUUCACUUUUGACUUUGGAAUCGGGGGCCAUAGAGUAUAUCCCUGAAUAUGAGACAUGCCACAAUGUUUGAAAUGUCGUGUAAA